UCAAAUAUAUUAUCCACUCUAAAACAAACACUGCAAUAAUGGCAACAGUGACGCAUUUCCUCCCUUUUCCCGGUGCCAAAAAGUUGUAAAAACGUAAAGAAGAUAUCAUCCACCACUAGCUCACCACAAGCGGGCAGCCAGGGAGGCCUCACCACCUAUUGCUGUAGCAAAUCAAAGCAACAAAAGAGAAAUCCUGACUAAAUUUUUCUCUCUUUCUCUUGUAAGUAUUCAUAUUCUCCUUCCCUUUUGGCCCAAUUGUCCAGCUUGCAGAGUGCCCACUUUUCAGGUUCGUUCAUGGUUCUCUCAGUUAUGUGUGGUGGUAGCUACUGUCUACAUUUUUUUAGUUGCCCGCAUUUGGAUUUAUGCAAUAUUUGGCUUUGGAAUUUAUGAUUUUUGCUAGUAGAAGACUUCUUGAAACCUAGACUGUAUUUUCAAGAAUUGUGAAGACCCUUUUGAAAUAACUUGAAAUAAAGUGUACCCACUUGGAAAAAGAUGGGGAUUUUGCUGAAGACACCUAAUAAGCUUCAUUUUGUGUCUCCCUUGUGUGGUUUUGCUGAUAAAGUUAGUGCCUUAAGCUCUUUGAAGCCUCAGAUUAGUCAAGAAUUUAGCAAGUUUGGUUGUAAAAAAUCUUGCUUUAGAGGAGGGAGUGGUAGAAAUGGUUGGAUUAAGGCUAGUAGUAGUGCUAUUUUGGAACUUGUUCCUGAAACCAAGAAAGAAAAUCUUGAAUUUGAACUUCCUUUAUAUGACCCCUCAAAAGGGCUGGUUGUGGAUUUGGCUGUUGUAGGGGGUGGCCCUGCAGGGCUUGCAGUUGCACAGCAAGUCUCAGAAGCAGGGCUUUCUGUUUGUUCAAUUGAUCCUUCUCCCAAAUUGAUUUGGCCUAAUAAUUAUGGUGUCUGGGUCGAUGAAUUUGAGGCUAUGGAUUUGUUAGAUUGCCUCGACGCCACGUGGUCAGGUGCUGUUGUUUAUAUUGAUGAUCAGAAUACUAAAGAUCUUGAUAGACCUUAUGGGAGGGUUAAUAGGAAACUGUUGAAAUCGAAAAUGAUGCAAAAAUGCAUAGUGAAUGGUGUUAAGUUUCAUCAAGCUAAGGUUGUGAAAGUUAUCCAUGAAGAGUCCAAAUCUUUGUUGAUCUGUAAUGAUGGUGUUACCAUUCAAGCUGCUGCAGUACUAGAUGCAACUGGUUUUGCUAGAUGUUUGGUUCAGUAUGAUAAGCCUUAUAAUCCCGGAUACCAAGUUGCUUAUGGAAUUUUGGCAGAAGUAGAAGAGCAUCCCUUUGAUGUAAACAAGAUGGUUUUCAUGGAUUGGCGAGAUUCACAUCUUAAUAAUAACUUGGUGCUAAAGGAGAGAAACCAAAGGAUACCAACUUUUCUUUAUGCCAUGCCAUUUUCAUCAGAUAGGAUUUUCCUUGAAGAAACUUCCCUUGUGGCUCGUCCAGGAGUCCCGAUGGAGGAUAUUCAGGAGAGGAUGGUUGCUCGGUUGAGGCACCUUGGGAUAAAAGUUAAAAGUAUUGAAGAGGAUGAGCGGUGUGUGAUUCCGAUGGGGGGCCCUCUUCCAGUAAUACCUCAGAGAGUUGUUGGAAUUGGUGGUACAGCCGGCAUGGUACACCCUUCAACUGGGUAUAUGGUAGCAAGGACUCUAGCAGCAGCUCCUAUUGUUGCCAAUGCCAUAGUUCGAUACCUUGGUUCAGAGAAAACUCCUGUGGGUGCAGAUUUAUGUUCAGAAGUCUGGAAAGAUUUGUGGCCAAUAGAUAGGAGACGCCAAAGGGAAUUCUUUUGCUUUGGGAUGGAUAUUCUGUUGAAGCUUGAUUUAGAUGCCACAAGAAGGUUUUUUUAUGCCUUUUUCAACCUAGAACCUCGAUACUGGCAUGGGUUCUUGUCAUCUCGAUUAUUUCUUCCAGAGCUAGCUCUUUUUGGGCUUUCUCUUUUCUCUCACGCCUCCAAUACCUCGAGAUUUGAGAUUAUGACAAAGGGAACUCUCCCUUUGGUAACUAUGAUCAAUAACUUAUUGCAGGAUGGAGAAUAAGAAACAUGGACUUGCAGUCAUCAUGUACCAGAUAAGAUUUAGUUCUUGCAUUCGUCCUAUAAGAGCAAAGUGCAAACAGGGAUUGUAUGGGUUCUGUGUGUUAGGAUGACUAAAGCUUCCCAUUGUACAUAAGGAGAUAGCAUUCCAGGUGCCUUUGUAUCCUGAGCUGUAAUUUUCUUACCAAACAAACACCGCUGGAAAUAUCCAGUCACUUAAUAGUUUUACCAAUAAUUUUUUAGCUUUUGUCACUUUCUGUGCCUUCUUUCUGUAAAUGAACUAGAAUUUGAGAAUAAUCAUAACAUCCAGAGCAUGACCAUGAAGGAAACUUUGUUGUGCUUUUUGGG